AUAAUAUACUAUUGACACAUUGAGAUAGGUUAUGAAAAUAAAUAUUCUUAAGUAAAAAUAGAACAUAGCAUAAGACGUAAUACACAAUUCUUACCUAUUGUGUAUUAUAUAUCUACAUAAAUACAAAAAAGAUUUCUAAGUUAUAUAACUAAAUGAAUUUCAAAUUUAUUCUGUUGUCACUGACUUGUAAUUACUAAUUUAUGAAAUUUUAUUGAACUCUACAAUUCAUGUUGUGGGAGUAUGUCAAAUUGACAAUUUGUUGACAGGUAAACAAGAUGGACUGCUGUAAAUCAUUUUCGAAGCAUUAAAUGUACGUACGAUUGAUCUUUUUAAAAUUUUUCGGUCUCGUACAAUUAGAAAAAAAGCAAAAGAAAGAAAGAAAGAGAAAAUUAAGAAACAAAGGAGAAAAUGAAAUUUAAUGUUUUGAUAUAUGUAAUACGUGUUCUCGCUCGUUUCUUACAAACAUUCGUAACGUGAGUGAAAAGUAUACAUACAUGCAUGUGUCAAGAACGCGACUUAAUUAACAAACUUUAAGUUAUAUCAAGUCAAGCAAAUUUAUAGAAACGUUUAAAAUGGAUAAUCUUUCAUCUUUAAGUACAUUGCUAUAUGUUCGAAAUACAGUUUUACUAGCUGUGGACGUAAUAUCAUAUCUGUAGGUUAUAAAUAUCGAAGAUUUAUCGAUUUAUCAUUCGAUCAAGUAUUUAUACCAAUUAUGUUGUCCCGGAAAAAUAAGGAUUUAAGGACAAUUAAAGAGGGAGUUGUUGGUAAAUAUGUUAAAAAAGAAACUCCGCCUGAAAUGCCAAUCUAUACCACAACAACCCAGUAUGGUACAGAAGUUUGGAAACACUAAGACAACAAUGAGUGCAGUAGGUUUAGGAAGUCAUGAAGGAAAAUAUACUCCGAAUAGUUCUGUUCCGGAUUUAGCUCAAAGAUUUGCCAGUCUUUCUGUCAAUACUAGUACAAGGGAUGGGAUGUCAUCUCGUACUGCAACUCCAAUGCAUCAUUCUGGACCUUCACCUGCUAUAUCUCAUACUUAUGUUAAUCAAUAUGCUGGAUCCGAGUAUCAUUUAGAUAGAGUUCAAACACCGCAAAUGCCUUAUAAGCCUUUUGACAUUGAUUCAGGUUACGAUGAGUACAAUCAUUCUCCGUACCGUCAAAAUACAGGAUAUAGUCGUUGCCAAUCAGAAAGAUCAAGUUCUAGGAACGAACAGCAAGAAGAACUUCCUUUACCACCUGGAUGGUCUGUGGAUUUUACUCUUAGAGGUAGAAAGUACUAUAUAGAUCAUAAUACAAAAACCACUCAUUGGUCUCAUCCUCUUGAGAAAGAAGGUUUGCCUACGGGCUGGGAAAGAAUCGAGUCACCUGAAUACGGUGUUUAUUAUGUUAAUCAUAUUACACGACAAGCACAGUACGAGCACCCGUGUUAUCCUCAUGAGAUACAAGCAGUGCGCGUUGUGUCACCUCCGCGCCACACGCAUUUUCACUCUCACAGUGUUUUAGUUCCAGCGAAUCCUUACCUUAAUGAAGAAAUACCUCAUUGGUUAUAUGUAUACAGUAGGGCAUCAGUAGCAUUGGAUCGCAAACUGCGGUGGGAACUUUUUCGUUUACCGGAACUUGAUUGUUUUAAUGCCAUGCUUACUAGAUUAUAUAAGCAAGAAUUAGAGGAAGUGGUCAUGCGUUAUGAAGAAUACAGGUCAGCUUUGUUAUGCGAAAUGGAACAAAGAUUGAAGGAAUUAAAUCCAGAAACUUCUGGAGCAAUUGCCUUACGACAGUCUCUUCCUUGAUCUACUAUACUUGUGUAUUAUUAAUGAUUUGUAAUACAAACGAAAGGACUUGACUAAGUAUUGUGUUUAUAAAGUAUAUUUGUUAAUAAACUGAAUUUAUUAAAAAUAUUUUUCUUAAAAUCUAUUUUAUUCUAACCAAAAAUUAAAUACACUUGUUGGAAAUUUCUUAAAUUUUAAUCUUUAUUCUAUGUUAACUGUCUGCUUUGUUUUUCUCAUUUUCUAAAUUGUCAACUAUGUGAAAUCCAUCAAUCCGCAUGACAUGUGCUUGCUUGGUUUCUUGUUUUUUCUUUAUGAAUUCAUCUCGUUUUUCUGGAGUAUUAGGGAAAUUUUUCUCAUUUGAAUAAAGGAAGACAAAUAUCAAUAUAUGCCAUCCAGCCAAUGCAUAUACUGCAGCUAAUUUCGAUCGAAAAUUGAAAAGCUUCUCGUUUGUUAAAUUAAACCUUUUUUCCAAGUAUUUCCAAAGCAUCAUUUUUAAUAAUUGUGAUUAAACAUAAAAGUUCUUGAAUUAUCUUCUAAUAUUUACAAAUAUAUUAUCAUUAAUAUAUCCAAUAUUUAAUUCUUUCCUGUGCUCCACUUGUUAGAGAUUAUUUAACUGUCAUUUUAAUUGUUACUUAAUUGUCAUAACAAUGAUUUGAAUAAUAAAAUAGACUCUGUAAAAUUACAAAUAAGAUACAGAACGGGAUAUGGUAAAUAACAAAUGAAACGAAAAAUGUUAAUCCAAAUAUCGAACGUGGUCUGUCAGAAAUUAAAUACCAAAUGAACAAUAUUUAUACACAUAUCUUACACGUCAAAUAGAAUAUAAAAAGAAAGCGGGCAGUCUAAAUACGAAGAUCCAACUACUAAGAGUUUAGAAAUUAAUCCUUGUAAUUAGUUUUCUUCUUCAAUAAAAAUUUAGUCGACUUACUGAAAUACUAGCGUCCCGUAGUGACGAAACAAUAGAACUAAUUCUAUUGCUGUCCUUGUUGCACACUAUUGCCCUCUUUGUCUGUUGUACAAUAUAAGUCUGUC